AUGAAUAAUAAGUUUGUCAUUUCAGCAGCUUGUCUGACUGUGAGUCCCAGCAGAUCUCAGUUCUUUAAAGGUAAAGAAGUGUCUCUGAGCUGUGAGGACAACAGCUCUGCUGGAUGGACUGUAUGGAGGAACACAACCAGAGAAACCAGGACUCAGUGUGGAGAUGGAUGGGGAGAAAAAGCUGGUUCUACCUGUAACAUCAGCUGGUUGAUACCAUCAGACAGUGGAGUUUACUGGUGUUGGUCGUCCAGAGAGGGAGCAGCCAGCAGCAGCAUCCAGCUCACUGUCACUGGUGGAUCAGUGAUCCUGCAGAGUCCUGUCCUCCCUGUGAUGGAGGGAGAUGACGUCACUCUGAGCUGUCUAACAGAGACCACUCCCUCCAACCUCCCAGCUGCUUUCUAUAAAGAUGGCUCCCUCAUCAGGACUGAGCCCAAAGGUCACAUGACCCUCCACCAUGUGACCAGCUCUGAUCAAGGCCUCUACAGGUGUAACAUCAGGGGUCAUGGAGAGUCUCCAUCCAGCUGGAUCUCUGUUGAAGAUAAACCAUCAAACACUUUUACAACCCUUCCUGGUCCUUCAACCACUUCUUGUCCUGCAACUUCUCUUCCAUCUACAACAUCUUCUGUAUUUCUCUGCUACUUCCUUUACUACGUUCUCCCGUUACUUUCAAAGAUGAUUCUUAUGGUUGUGCUGCUGGUCCUACUGAGGAGACGAUGUGUUGAGAGGAAAUCUGAAGGGAGCCGCUGGGACGAGUCCAGCAGGAGGGACGGGCAAUACCCAAAAACCCCCGGCGCCGGCACCAACACCUACACCCGGACACCAGCCCCCGAACGACUCCCCCCCGACACCGGUCCUACAACACCAAUCUGA